CGCCCUUGCAUGUCAGGAACACCCAAUCUGUGUCUGUGCCCGGGCCUUUUGCCAUGCCUCUUUGGAAGAACCUCUCGAUGCCAUCGCUCUGGGCUGGGCAGGUCAAGGCGAAGGAAGAGCGUCCUGGCAUGGCCCGGACCAGCUCAGAGUUGAGCGCCUCGGCCACCGUUUCGAGCCGCUCGACCAGCGGCAGCGCCAAGCGGAGCGCGUGCGUCGCCAUCAAAAAGAAACCGGCCGACUGGAAUGCGCCCCCGGUGAUCAGCGGGGCGGCAUACAGCGACCUCGAGCGACUUGUUCGGCAGCUUCACGAGAGGGAUCUGCCAGAGACUUCCGCCGUGGGGGGCGUAUCUCGCAAGGCCUCUGGCGACUCGUCCACCUCGACCGACCUCUCCGGCUCUGACUCGAGCCUCUCCGCCAGCCUCGCCACCUCCUUUUCCGAGCGCCCCUCUCCGGGCCCCUUUGCUGCAGAGAGCGCAAACCAAAACUCUGGGCCGACGGUCAUCAUCUCGGUGACCGCCGGCGCGAGCCUGCCCGAGGCGAGGGCCGAGGUGGACUCGCUCCAGGAGCUGCUCCCUGGCCCCGUCUCAGUGCACGAGAACCCGGCGGCGGGCGACCUGUCCGCAGUCCUGCGCGGCGCGAGGCACCUGCACAUGGCCAGCCACAUGCGCAAGGGCUGCGCCACUUUCGUGCGCGGCGCGCGGCCCGAGGUUGUCACCUUCGAGCCAGUCGUGCUCGCCGCGCCGGCCUGCCUCGAGCGCGCCGUCCUCAACGCGUGCUACUCCGCCUCGCUCGCAAAGCUGCUGCACGCGCGCGGCGGCGCGCGCAUCUUUUGCUGGCGGAGCCGCGUCGAGGACGAGGCGGCGCGCAUAUUCGGGGAGGCGGUCUGGCUCUCGCUUCUGCUCGGCCGCUCCGACCGCGACGCCUUCGAGGCCGGCCGCUUCGCCGUGACGGCCGACACCAAGCCGGUCGUGGCGCGCGACGGCGGGCCCGCCCGCUCGCAAAAGUUCACGCUGCGUGACCCGGACGAGUCCGAGGGCGGGGAGAGUUGCGAAGUGGUGAGCAGUGGGAUCCGGCUGGUCGCCGCCGGGGUGCCCGAGCUGUACGACAGCACCCGCUUCCCCUUCUGCCUCUCCCUCGAGCUCCCCGCCCUCGCCUCGCCCGACGAGGACUCCGACAGCCUCGCGCGCGCAAAGAUGCACCUGCGAGGCUACCUGCGGCGCAAGUGCGGCCUCUCCUCCUUCCGCGACUCUGACCUCGAGAUCGACCGGCUGACGGCGGUGUGGCGCAUCGUCCUCUUCGAGCGGGACGGCUUCGAGAUCACGCGCGCCAACGGCGAGGCGCUCGCGGACGAGCUGCGCGGCCGGUACGGCGCGACGCACGCAGAGAUCGAGCUCAAGGAGAUCCGGAGGGGGUCGGUGCUCCUCACGCUGGUCGGGGAGCCGUCCGCCUUCGAGCGAGCGGCGAGCGACGCGGAGCUGUUCUCCCUGGGCGGGAUGGGCCUCAAGGAGCCCGUGCAGCUCCUCGCGCUGCGCGCGCAGGUGUACGCGACCAAGGCGGUGCACGCAGCGCUGCUCGGGCCGGGCUGCGAAGGCGGCGGCGGCGGGCAGGCGGAGGCGGACUCGUCGGCGCCGCGGGAGGAGACGGAGGCGCGCGUCGUCGUGGCGCCCCUCCCGCCCGGCCUCGCCGACCUCGGCUACACGGAGCAGAUGGAGGCCACAGAGGCGGCGUUCAGCGCCUGGGUGUGGCGGGGGGAGGAGGGGUACCCCGAGGCGGUCGUCCCGCGGGCGACGGUCGCGUCGACGUCGUCCGAGCCCCGCGGCUCGGCCGAGGCCCGCGUCUCGACCGAACGCGAAUUGGCGCUCGAGCGACGGCAGGAGCGCAGCAUCAAGAGGGAGCACAGCGCCAAGGCCUCCCGACCGCCGUCCGGUGGGGAGCAGUCCCUUUACAUCCAGCCGCACCGAUUGCCGGCGCCGGGCGAGGCGCUCGCGGAGUCACCGGCGACGGCGCCGCCGCCGUCCAAGGAGAAGGGACUUGCGUAGCGAGACGAGCUGAGAUGAUACCAUACGUACUGACUGUGACUAUGCACAGAGCAUCUCCCAUCGUCCCAUGCAGUCUGGAGAGUUUGACCUCCGCCCUGACUACGUCUAUCGGCUAUCGCGCUUACCGGGCUCAGGCCGCGGGGGCGCUCACUAUUUGUCUAUCGCGCACAGUUGCUCUACGUGAGGGUGCCCGCUUUUCUUCGUUUGCAUGUCUAUUAUACAC